AUGCCACCGUUACCCGGCUUCUCCGACAAUCCGUUCCGCUCCCGCGCCGACCUGGUCCGGGCGGCGGCGGCGCUGCUCCGGCCGCUGGAGCGGUACAAGUCUCCAGGAAAGGCGCGAGUCAGGCUUGCGACCGGCACCGCGGCCGGCUUUGACGAGGUCUCGGCGCAGCUGGAGGGAUUCGCGCGGCCGUUGUGGGCUGUUGCUGACCUGUUCGGCGAGGAGGGCGGGGUACGGGUUGCCAACGACUCCUCCUCCUCCUUGGAUCUAGGCUCCUGGGCGCGAGGAGUUGCAGCUGGGACGGAUCCCGAGUGUGAGGAGUACUGGGGGGACGUCGGAGAUAUUGAUCAGCGGAUGGUGGAGAUGGAGUCCAUCGCGUUCGCCCUGCUCGUCGCGCCGGAAGAGUUCCUUUCGGCGUGUGACGAGGCGGCGAAGGGCAGGUUAAGGGAGUGGCUGGGGCGCAUCAACGAGAGGGCGAUGCCGCAGAGCAACUGGCUCUGGUUCCGGGUGCUCGUGAACCUCGCCUCGGCCAGGGCCCUCGGGGUGGCGAUGGGGGACGUGAGGGCGUCCAUGGACCGCGAUUUCGAAGUCCUGGACUCGUUCUAUCUCGGGGAGGGGUGGUCGAGCGACGGGCUCUGGGGCGACGAGAGGAAGCAGGCGGAUUACUACUCGGGGAGCUUCUCGAUCCAGUUCGCGCAGCUGCUGUACGUGCGGUUCGCCGUCGGGGACGAGGAGAGAGUCGAGAGGUACCGACAGCAGGCGAGGGAGUUUGCCUCGGGGUUCUGGAGGUACUUUGACGUGGAUGGCGCGGCGAUCCCGUUCGGUAGGAGCUUGACGUACCGCUUCGCGUUCGCGGCGUUCUGGGCAGCCGCGGCGACGGCGGGCGUCGACCUCCCGCCUCCGGUCGACGACAUCGGUGUCGUCAAGGGUCUCCUGCUCCGGCACCUCCGGUGGUGGGCUGGACACCCCGACAUGUUCAACACGGACGGGACGCUGAACAUCGGGUUCGCGUACCCCAACAUGUACCUGAGCGAGGACUACAACUCGCCGCAGUCGGUGUACUGGUGCCUGAAGAGCUUCGUCGUGCUGGGGCUGGCGGAGGACCACCCGUUCUGGGCGAGCGAGGAGGCAGCCCACCCCCUCGACGGCGGGGGUUCUUCUCCAUCAACACCGGAGAGGGUCAGGGUGGUCUGGCCGCCGAGGCAGGUCCUCUGCAACUCCCCCGAGCACCACUUCCUCCUCUCGGCUGGCCAGAUGACGAGGAAGAACUUCAAGGCGCGGGAGGCCAAGUACGGCAAGUUCGCGUACUCGUCCGCCUUCGCCUUCAGCGUCCCGACGGGACCGCUGCUGUCGCAGAUGGCGCCGGACAGCACCCUUGUCGCUAGCGUCGACGGGGGCGAUACCUGGAGCGUGAGGCGGGAGCCGACGGGCGUGAGGGUCGAGACGGUGGAGGUACGGGGGCGACGGAGUGGGGGGUUCCGGGAGGUGCUGGCGUUGGUCAGCGUCUGGAGGCCGUGGAGGUGGCUCGACCUGCGGGUCGAGACGGCCUUGGUCCCCGUCGCGGAGGAGUUUCCUGGGUGGCAUGUCCGCGUUCACAGAGUUGAAUGGGAUCCGGAAAAGGGGCUUCCCGACGGGGUUGGGGGCGCGCAACUCGUGGACGGGGGGUUCGCCAUCAACUCGCAGACCUCGAAGGGAAACUUCCUCCCCAAGAGGGAUACUCUGGAGGUGGAUGGGCAAUGUUUCACCGAGAGAGACGACGGUUGCCUCGUUCUGUCCGAGGCCGGCGCCAGCGGGAUAGCCGACGUUGUUCUCGAGGGAGGGAAUCCGCGGGGAGGAGAUGUCGAUAGGGGCGCGUGGGUGCUGAGGCCGGAUCCCAACACGAACCUCGUGUCGCAGAGGACGUUCAUCCCCGCGCUGAACCACCAGUUCAGUCUUGAUCAGACGGGGGCGGCCGGGCAAAAGAAGGUGGACUCGCUGUGGAUGGCUUCUGGGGUUUUCGCUGUUAGUGCCGCGGCUGGGCUCGGUGUCGGCGAGGUGAAGGGCAUGUGGGAGGAGAAGCCUCGGGUCGAGAUCAUCGCGGGGGCGGUUUCGGGGCCGGGAUUCCGCGUCGUUGGGUCCUGA